AUGAAGUGCGACGACGUUGCCGCGCUGCUCGAGGACCCCGCGAGGCGGGAGAGUGUCAUGAACGCGGCGGAGGCCGCCUCGAGGCUGACCGACAGCCUCGCCAGCAUCGCCGAGUCGCAGCAGGUGGACGCCGACGGCCAGCACGCGGUCUCCAUCGACGAGGACGCGCGGCGAGGGCUCGAAACGUUCGACACCACUCAGAUCUUCGUGAUGCCCGUCGGAGACUGGACGCGCGCGCUCUCGCAGGCCGUCCUCAAGCGCCGCCAGCGACGCGCGUGCUGGGUGCGCGGGCCCUUCGUCUCGCCCUACGCCGCCGCCAAGGACUUUUCGCAGCUGAUCCUCUACGCCUCGGGCAUUGGCAUCACGCCCGCGCUGGGGGUUAUGGGGCAGUACGCGGGGUCGACACGGAUGAAGUUCCUCGUCUGGUCGACGCGCUCGGCGCCGAUGCUCAAGUUCUUCGCGCCGCUGCUCGGGGACGCGCAGCUGGCGAUGAUCUUCUACACGGGCAGGCCCAGGCUCGGGCAGGCGGAGCUGGACGCGAUCACCAGCCAGGGGGGCAACAUCAUCGUCCAGCAGCACCGGCCCGAUCUGCUGCACACGCUCGAGGAGGUGAUGCGCGGGUACGAAAAGAGCGCCGCCGGCAUCAGCCGGGCCGGGGAGCUCGACCUGCGGCGGCUCGACCACAACACGAGGGCCGCCUGGUGCGCGCUGUACUGUGGGGGCUCGCACGCGAUCCGUGACCAGCUCGAGGGUUGCGCAAAGGACCUCGGCAUCGGGUUCCAGGCGGAGCUAUUUGAUUGGUGA